UCUGGCUGGUGGUGAAUGUCUGCUCUCCCCUUUCAGGAUGGCCUGGGACUCCUUGUGCAGCCAGGACUUACGGCGGCCUAGGAUAAGAAGUGCCUCAAGCUGGAUGCCCGGCAGUGGGAGCAGCACUGGGACACCAUCCCUGGAGGAGCUGCGGCGCCUGCUCUGCACACGCACACAGCCCACAGGGCACGUUGAUGAAGUCUGGCCAAACCUUUAUGUGGGAGACCUGUACGUUGCUCGUGACAAGGCACAGCUGAGCCGCCUGGGCAUCUCCCAUGUUGUGAACGCUGCUGCCGGGAGAUUCCGCAUCAACACUGGGCCCAAGUUCUACAAUGACUUGCCUGUGGAUUACUACGGAGUAGAAGCAGAGGACAACCCAAACUUUGAUCUCAGCAUUCACUUCUAUCCAGUUGCUCACUACAUCAGAGCAGCACUGAAUUCCCCAAGAGGCAAAGUACUGGUUCACUGUGCAAUGGGAAUCAGUCGGUCUGCAACUCUUGUCCUCGCUUUCUUAAUGAUCUGUGAAGGUUUGUCCCUCACCGCCGCCAUUCAGACUGUGCGCUCCCACAGAGGGAUCUGCCCCAACUCUGGCUUCCUCCAGCAGCUUCGGGAGUUGGAUCUCCAGUUAGGAAGGGGCACAGGCAGAGGAGCAGAGGCCUGCUAG